AUGUCGCUUCUCUCGGCACAUUUUGAGCAGAUUGCUAUCUCGUGUCAAGGAAUCGAUAGUCUCCCUUUCCCGCCGCCCAAGAUAUUCACCAAUGCCCUUCUAGCCAACCAUGACAUCACAUCCCUAAUUCGCGACACGGAAGCGCACGAACGAGCACUCUUCUCUGUUCCACCCCCGCCGCCGCCAUCCACAUCCCAGAACCCGGAUCCUCCGAAACAAUCCGGGCGUCGGCAGACUGUUUUCAAUGUAGCAUCCGGUGAAGUCACGACAUCUGGUAGCAGCACAGGUCGAAAUGUAGGCGCCCCGCGACGCCACACAGCCGUAGCAGCUGUAUUAGGCGGUGACCUACACGAGCAGAUUCGCCGGAGCGAGCGACGUAGCGGAAGGGAGGACGUCGAUGUCGAAAUUCUACUCAGGGGAGCGGAGAAGUUAUGCGGCGUUUACCCUUUACCGGGUGCUCUGGAACGGAUAGCAGCGCAACGAUCAAAAUACGCACAUAGUCGUAGCACGCUGGCAUAUUAUGAGGCGAAAGUAGCUGAACAGGCCGAGGCUCUAGGGAGGAUGAAUAAGGAGCAUUGGAUGGAGGAAGAGGAAGAUGAAGAUGAAGAGGCCGCCACGAUGGAGAAAGAAGAGAUCUUAACGGAGGACGACCUGAAAAGGGAAGAAGAGCAAAUUCAGGAAUUAGAGCGAAGAAAGAGAGAAUUACAGGGGAGGUUGAAGACGAUAGAGGAAGACCUCGGCGGGUUACUGAACCUGUAA